AUGUAUACAUUUCCGACGAUUGAGUUUUGUAGUUAUUCAUGGGAAACGAGGGCUCUGUUGCCUCUUGCCACCAUGAAGAUGUUUGAAGAAGGUCAAAAUCAACCAAAAAAUGCCGAGAAACGGAUUAAGUGUCAAGAAAACACGGAGAAAGGGGACGAGGAUGGAAUCAGUGCGUUGCCCGAUGGAUUGCUUCUUGAAAUCCUCUCUCGUUUACCCUAUACAAAAGAUGCGAUUAGAACAGAUCAUCAUCGCCGGUGUGAAUGUUUCCAAAACCCUAACUCAAUUUACGAUUUCGCGCGAUUGGUGGAGAAAACCCUAACUCAAUGUCGCCAAUUGAAGCUCAAGAAAUUCAAACUGCAUUCGUAUUAUGCUAUUCGAUUUGAAUCGCAGUUCAACAAUUGGAUUCGUCAUGCCAUAAAUUGUAACGUUGAAGAGCUUGACCUGGAGUUUCUGUACAGUGACAGGGACGCUGAGUUUCGUCUAGAUCAAUCUAUUUUCAACAAUUCUUGUUUUACCGAUCUGAAAUUAGCAGGCUGCAUGUUGAAUCCAAGUGGGGCGAUUAGUUGGAAAAAUCUCAAGAGUUUGUAUAUUUCCUAUCUGAUGUUAGAUGAAGACUUGAUCGUAAAUAUAUUAUCUGGAAGUCCUCUAUUGGAAACUUUGGUGUUGGAAGGUUUCGAUGGUUAUAGGGGGAUAGAGAUUAGUUCAUAUGAUGAAUUUGAAGACGAUAUCAUCAAAAUCAAUGCUCCCCAACUGAAGAAGCUCAAGAAAUUCGAAGCGUCAUCUGAAUUUGAUAUUAAGUUAGAAUUACAACUCAACAGUUGGAUUUGUUAUGUUAUAAGAUGCAACGUUAAAGAGAUUAUAUUAAGGCUAUCUACUAACAAAUUGGAAUCUGAAUCUGAUUUUAUGUUAGAUCAAACUCUUUUCACAUGUUCAUGUCUGACUGAUCUGACAUUAGAUCUGUGCACGUGCAUGGUUAUUCCAGCUGGAGCAAUUAGUUGGAAAAAUCUUAGGAAUUUGUGUAUAUCGUAUGGGAGUUUAGAUGAAGGAUUGAUUGAAAUUAUAUUAUCAGGGAGUCCUGUAUUGGAAACUUUGGAGUUGAAUCUUUGCUAUGGUUAUAGGAGGCUUAAUAUCACUUCAAAGAGUGUUAAAAACUUGGUGAUAUCUAAAUACUGGAAUUACUUGAAUAGUUAUGAUGUAUCUGCAUCCGACGCCGAUUUGGAUAGAUACUUGGAUUAUUGUAUUGGAUCUGAAGCCGAUAUCGAUAUCGAUAUCAUUGAAAUCAAUGCUCCUAAUAUUCAAUCACUAAGAAUCCAACAGGAAAUAGAAUUGGUGAAGCUUUUGUUGGUAGAUGUGUCUUCUUUAGUUAAAGCUAACUUAAAUUAUACAGCGCCUAAAAAAGUGGAAGAAGAGAUGCUUAAAGGAUUUAUAAUGAAGCUUGGCCAUGUCAAGGAGCUUAAAAUUGGGAUUUUAUGUUCUGAGGUUGUUACUUGUUUGCAAGAUAAAGGUUUUGUUUUUCCAUCAAAUGUCAAGUUUCCUGAAGAAUAAGUCACUGAGCUUAACUGAUUCAUGAUGCUUUAAGUUCAUGUUUAGGCAUUAGUUUUGUUUCCCACUCAACUGGUUAUAAAUCUGUUAAUCUGAUUACUUUUUCUUUUUUUCAUUAUCUUACUUUCUUUUGUAUGAUAUCUGGUUAAAUAUUACCUAGUUUUUCUUUUCCUAUUAUCUCAUUUCUUUCGGGCUACAUCAGGUUAAGUCUGUUAACUCAACAGAUUAAAUCUGUUAAUUUUGAUUAGGAUAUGUUGGGGUCUUGAAUCCAAAAACAACAAUGUACUUUUUUUUGUUCGAAAUCUUUAUAAUCCC